AUGUCGGAACCGGAAAAGAAAAUGGAACGCUUCAAGAACUGUCUAAUAAAAAUACAAGAAAAAUUUCAAGAUAAAGUAGAAGAUUUCCAGGACCAAGUACAAAAUAAAAUUGAGAAAUCUAAACUGGGAAAUUUUGUUUCUCAUCUGUCCGAAGAUAGAAGUUCAAAUGAUGAUAAUUCCACAGACGCUGAUAAAGUAUCUACAGAUUCUGGAGAAAUGAAAGUUAACAAAAAUAAUAAAUUAAAAAGCAUUCCGUCUGUGGUUAUUAAUCAGCCAGAGGGUGAUAGUAAUGAAGAUCAGAAGGAUGUUUGUAGCAAUUUCCUUAAGGGAGAACGCAGUGGUGGAAUUUAUAGAAGUUUGUCGGAUUCAGAUAUAGCUUUUGAUAACGACACUUACUUCGACAGUUCCAGUGAAUCAUGUUUAUCGUGCUAUUCUUCGAGUGAUGAAAGAAAAUUAGAAAUAAGACCAAGAGCAGGAAGUCUUCCACCAGGCCAGAAGCUCGACGGGCCUACAUCUCAUAACGCAUGCAGUGACUUUAUUGAGAAGAUAGGGAACCACUUUCCAGGACUCAAGAGUAAGGGAGAAAGGAUACAGAGGUAUCUUCUGAAGAACACAAGGUUAAGUGACGUGAACAAGCGGCUGAAGGCACAAAUCUGGAGUUCCGUGGUGACCAUAGUACUUGUUGAGGCUAAGAAUCUUCAAGCAAUGGAUGUAGAAACAAGAUCCAGUGACCCUUAUUGCAAAUUCAGGUUAGGUAAUGAAAAAUAUAAAAGUAAAGUUGUGUGGAAGACGCUACAUCCAUCAUGGUUGGAGCAGUUCGACUUUCACCUAUACGACGAUCAAGAACAGAUACUUGAAGUCACUGUGUGGGACAAGGACAAACAAACUAAAGACGAUUUUUUAGGGAGGUGUACAAUAGAUUUAACAAAAUUAGAACGGGAAAAAACGCAUAGCAUUUGGCAAGACUUAGAAGAUGGCAACGGGCAGAUAUUUUUAUUGCUAACAAUCAGUGGCACCACGCAAUCGGAAACAAUUACUGACUUGGCAAGCUAUAGGGAGAACCCUAGAGAUAUUGAAAUAAUCGAAAGGAGAUACGCGUGGUAUCGACUCAACGAGUACUCUAGCGGUGUCGGCUGGCUGUGUGUAAAAGUGUAUGGUGCUAAAGGUCUGGUGGCAGCGGAUUUGGGCGGCAAAUCGGAUCCGUUUUGUGUAUUGGAACUGGGUAAUGCGAGACUGCAGACGCAUACGGAAUAUAAGACGCUGACGCCUAAUUGGAUGAAGAUAUUCACAUUCACAGUAAAAGACAUCACAUCAAUACUAGAGGUGACAGUUUACGACGAGGACCACGAUCAUAAAGUGGAGUUCCUAGGCAAGCUUGCAGUGCCGUUACUAAACAUACGGAAUGGGGAGAAGCGUUGGUUCGCGCUGAAGGAUAAGAAGAUGAGGGCGAGAGCUAAGGGUAACUACCCGCAAAUAUUGCUGGAGAUGACGGUUAUAUGGAAUCCGUUGAAAGCGGCUAUAAGAGUGAUAAAUCCCAAAGAGGCUAAGUACAUGCAUCAAGAAUCGAAGUUCAAGAGACAACUGUUCGUUCGAAAUGUGAUGAGACUGAAAGCAAUAAUAAUGUGGUUUAUAGAAUUCGGGAAAAUUUUACAAGAUUGCUUCGAAUGGGAAUCUAGAUUACUGUCGUUUCUAGGUCUGCUAGCGUGGCUAGCGUUCUGUUAUUAUUAUCAAAUGUGGAUGCUGCCAUUCUUACUUCUAGUAUUCUUUUCAAGGAAUUGGUUAAUUUACAGGCUUACUGUUCCGAUUAAGUAUUUCCGAAGUAAUCCAUGGGGAUAUAUAGCAAAUGCUUUUGGUGGAAAUCCACUGUUAACACCAGUUGAUGAUGACGAUCUAUUAGCGGAGGAGGACGACGAUGAUGACGUAGACAAGGAAGAAAAGAAAUCACUGAAAGAGAGGUUACAAGCAAUACAAGAAGUAACGCAGACAGUCCAGAACGCCAUUGGUUAUGUAGCAUCGGUGGGAGAGGCCGUCAAAAACCUUAUGAACUUCACAGUGCCAUAUCUUAGUUAUUUAGCAAUAAUAAUGUUAUUUGGAGCAAUGCUAGUUUUAUACGUGAUACCACUACGAUAUCUCCUUAUGGCGUGGGGUAUCAACAAAUUCACAAGAAAAAUACUUCGACCACACACGAUACCCAAUAACGAAGUUCUAGAUUUACUGUCCAGGGUACCGGAUGACGAAAUAUUGCUGGACUGUAGAGAGCUUAAAACUCAUGCGCCGAACGAUACUCGAAAGGACGCUAAAAAAAAACACAAGGCGGCGUAG